AUGUCUAAGGUCAUCUGGCUUGAACCACCAGAAGAGGGGGUACCUAAUGCACCUGAAGUGCAACCUCAAAGGGAAGUUACUAAUCUUGAGUUACAUAAGGCUAUCUGGAUGUUGAGAAAAGCUGUGACUAACCAGUUGAAAAGGGAUAGAGCCGAGGAUUCACCACUUGCGAGUUGGGCGUGUUUUGAGAAAGCUUUCUUGAGGCGUUUCUUUCCCCGAGAAAUGAAAGAGGUGAAGGUACGUGAGUUCGUCAUACUUAAGCGAAAUUCUCUAAGUGUGCAUGAAUAUGGGUUGAAGUUCACCCAACUAUCCGAAUACACUUCGGAGAUGGUUGUGGACAUGAGGAGUAGAAUAAGCUUGUUCGUUUCUGGGCUAUCUCGUUUGUCGAGUAAGAAAGGUAAGGUUGUGACGUUGAUAGGCAACAUGGAUAUUUUGCGGUUGAUGGUUUAUGUGCAGCUGGUUGAAGAAAGAUAA